AAAACUUUUCUCAUAGCUUGCAAAAUACUUGAGGAAUUCCAAUAUCACUUCCAUGGAGGAAUUAAAAAUCCUGAACGUGACACCAACGGCCGAAGUUACUUUUCAUUUUUUCGGGAAUUCCGACGAUGGAGAUAAAAUCCGCGAAUCUCUCAAUCGACUCGUACAACGUCGACGUCUCAGUGAAAUUGCAUUGGAAUCUACACACUUUACCUUUCAGCAAAAACCCGCGCUUAAGUUACAGAGUCUGCGUAUUAAUCAAGUGAACGAUGAGGUUCACUUGGGAGAACAAAUCGUCUUGUCGUGCGCUGCUCAAGGAAGUUACAGCAUAAGUUUCACUUGGUACAAAGAUGGCAUGUUGGUGAACACGAGUAAAGCUAUCAGAGAAAUUUGGAUUAAUCAUUUGCCGAAUGAUGGAUCGGAUUUAUACACAUCAAUAUUGACGAUCGAGAAGGCGAACCUGCUCGAUGCCGGUCAGUACACGUGUCAGGUAGUUGACUGGGGUGUGCAGCAAUGCAAAAGUAUCUACAUCGAGGUCAGGGAUGAGCCGGACGUGAAGGUGGUGCCGAUGAGCGCCUCUAUAGAGAAAGGCAACGAUAUACAACUAACAUGUAUGACUCCCAACAUGCGUAACAUCGGGAUCGGCUUCGGUUGGACGAAAAAUCGCGCCUUGCUCAAAUUAGAACCCGGUCGAGCAGUUUGGGAGGAUCUGUAUCCAGCUGGUAGCAUUCUGAAGAUCACUAAUACUCAGAAAUCGGCGAUUUACACCUGCAAUGUAGCGCAUAAGUCUAUGUCCGUGCGAGUUGAAGUCAUGAAUCGAACUCUGAUACCGAUAUGCUUUAAAGAGCAGUCCUGGGGUUUGCAAUGGCCAGACACUGCACCAGGAUCAGAGGCGCUGCUAGAAUGCCCCCGAUAUUUCGUAGGUCGACGAGUGUCCAGGCUCUGCUCGAUGAAAGACGCUACUACACCCGAAUGGCAAAUACCGGAUUUCUCAUCCUGCUUAUAUGAGCCGUUGAUUUUACCAUAUAACAAUUUUCGAAGUCUGACAUUGGGUUAUCAAAAAAUCAUGAGUUCGGAUACGAUCCUCGCCUUUUGGGAGCUCUUGCGCAAACGUGCAUUACCGCUUUAUCCUGGCGAAGGCGAUCGUAUAAUAAGUAUGUUGUCUGAAAUCGAACGAUAUCAGCACAAUAUCGAUCCACAGGAUGCAUACAACUCUGCGGAGGCUUUGAGUCACAUAAUAAAUCGCAUAUUGAGCGAUGAAUAUUCGAUCUUGAGUCAAGAGAAACUAUCAGUGUUACUUCAACUCACGCAACGCAAUUUAAUUCACUGGUCCAAACAGCUGAAAGAUAUGCAUAAACAUCUAUCUCUAUCAUCUAUGGUUAUAGAUAUUCAGCAACUACAAUCUCAGAGUGGAGACAGUAUAACGCAUUCUCUUCAAAUACCUUCGGCCGAUUAUAUAUAUCCUGAUUGGUACGAAGAUAAAGUAGCUAUACGAUUAUGGAAAAAGAAGCAGCGUAAUAUAAAGUCUAAUAACACAUUUACUGGAAUCGUUAUCGUAUACAAAAACAUGUCGCGCUUUAUACCAACAGCAUAUAUUAAGGAACUCGAUGAUGGCACGGAUCUAGAGUUUCGCAUUAAUUCUCGAGCGAUUGCCGUCGCAGUUCCCACUUUUGGUAUCGAUAAAUAUAACAAGAUAUGGGUUGAUCUGCAAAUCCGGCAUUUACAAAAUCAGACAAGUUCUUGGAAUACGUCAUGCGGCCUAAUAGAUAACACUGGAUCGUGGGAUCUCGAUACUUGCAUAGCAAACACAGUAUCCGGCGAUGUAGUAACGCAUUGUUUGUGCCCUACUACGGGGACAAUAGCUGUUUUCUUGACAACUCACGCAGUAAAAGUAGUACUGGCGAAAACAGAACAAACCACGUUCAUUAUAAUAUUCGGAUGCAGCAGUUGCCUUGUUCAGUGCUUGUUAUCUGCUCUGAUACUAGGUACUUUUUGGAGAAAACACAAAAGCUGGCUGAAUUUUCUAAAACUCCAAUGUUGCGGCGCACUAAUAGGUGCAAUGGCUAUCUUCAUUUACGCCGUCCAUACUAAUCUUCCAGAGUCAUCUUACUCGCUCGUGGCGAUAGGAUUAGAGGCAUUCCUCCUCGUGGGCAUGUCUGCGCCUAUUUCCGAGGCUCUAAUAGUAUAUGCCGAGCUCACGCAAAUUCGACCGAGCCAACAUCUUCAGCCUACAGUGAUCGCUGUAAUAACUGGUGUUCCAAUCUUAGCUGUAUUUGCAACUGAAUUAACGCAUAAGAGUACGGGAUGGAGACACGAAUCCUGGUGGCUCAUAUAUGGCAGUGGUGUCUAUAACAUAUUUGUCAGCUGCGCCACGAUGAUGUUUUUAGUAUUCAUACUACUGUAUAUGGGGGUGCUCCACAAAGUUCACACAUUAGUGGAGGAGAAUGUGAUGAAGAGAGAAGCUAUAGAAACAAGAAUACGAAUAUUGCACCGCGCGGCUAUCGUCAUAUGCGGCAUCAUUGCUAUGGAGGCAUCCUCUAUUUUCUACAUAAAUUCAUCAUCUGUAAUUUUUCACUACGUAUUUGCGUCCUUAUCUUUCGCUCUGGGCUUCAGUAUAAUAAUCGUAUACAUCGUUAAUGGCGAGAAUGCAAUUAUCGGACCAAUGUUGCGAAGAAUCAGAUGGAAACGUCGCAAUGUGAACGAUGAAUACACAUCUGAACCCAUUAAAGUGUGCUCGAAAGCUGAUGCUGAGGUGGAAAACGAUUCAGCUACUCCCCCGACAUCGUCUUCAAUUGCCGGCGAGCCGUAUAGAGAGGCACGAGGCAUCGCCGCGGGUAGCAUAGAUAUGCGUGAAUUUGUGUCUGAGUCUUCAUCUGCCUACGCCAAGUCCUCCGUCCCCGCGACUAGAUUCCUGCCUGAGAUCCGAAUAGAUCAUUCAGAUAAUAUCGAUCUUGAGAACUACAAUACGAGUCCGCGAAAGUAUCAGGAGGUGUUCGUCGACUCGGCGUUCUCCGCACGUAGCUGUGCCAAUGAUGUAGUGGCCUACGGUGUUAAUGAGCGCAACAGCUUCCGUGGCGACGUAUCGGGCAAGUAUCGUGGCGACGGUAAGACCUUCCUGCCAACGGCGAGCGUGUCCCCCGAGUCCUCGGCCAAGGUCCUCUGCAGUGCCGAUGUGGAGUCGCGAUUAGGCGCGAUGCCAGACGUCACGUUGGCUGUGAAAAGUGACGUCGAACUGUCAUCGCGUACAAGCGUGGAACUGAAGAGCCGGGAACACGUGGUGAGCGCCAUGCCGGACAUCGCCAACACGAGUGAGCGCAAGCAGCCUGACGGCGAGGAGAAGACGCCGGAGAUCGUGGUAACGACAGGUGGCUGCGACAAUGCAACCAGCGGUAUGCUAGAUCGUAUCUCUCACGAUCUUGACUAUCUGCUUAAUCGCACGCACGCCAAAGAAGGAGCUUGAAAUCUGCCAAGAUCGUGAAAAAGUAUACACGUAAAAAGUGCAAAUAUAAAUUGUUAAAUUUGUACAAAACGGAUUUCACCAGAAAUUUCCACAUAAAUAAGUGAAUCGCAGGUCAUUUCGUGUAUCGUAGUUUAUUUAGGAUAAUAUUCAUCAAUAUUGUGUUUUUGCUAUGUAAUGGGAAGUCAACGUGAUAACGCGAUGAACGUAUUGGGAGCUGCAAACCAAAGUCUAAAGUACAUAUACAUAUAAUCCCUUCUUAUUUCUUAUAUUCUCGUAUAUUCUGCACCAGAACGCUAAUUGUAAUUAAUCGUUGAUCACGAAUCGGCGAUAGUCGUAAAAGAAAAUUCGAUGCGACAAGUGAUCAUCAUCGCACUCCAUCCAUCAGAACUUACUUUAAAUAUAAUCUCGAAAUUUUCAUGCUCUAUUAUAAACAUUUAUAUUCACGUCCAUUGUAUAUCAUGAGGAGACUUUAUUGUCCCUCAUAAUAAAUAAAUAGAAUACUAAAGAAUAAAAUGUACUGCGUA